UUCAAAGAUGCGGAUCCCAAACUUCUUGAAAAGCAGGAAGUUCAGCAGCCAUCGUCUCUAGCACUCAGUUAUAUAUUAAAACAUUUUUCAAAAGGCGGAGUGCAACUAAGAAAAGACCUGUUAGAUAAACAAAAAAAGAGUAAAAUAAACAUUCCCUCACCAUCCCUUCAGAUAAGAAGUGCAACACCUACAGGUAGUGACCUGGGGGAGGAAGAUGAGUUGUGCAGUGAAGAUGAAGACAGCGAAGACUCCUACACCACACAGGAAGAGUUGACCACAGAUCUCAUACUGGGCAUGAUGCAGAACCUCAAGGACAGUGAUGGAGACAAGCCUUUUGCCUGUCCUGUGCCAGGCUGUAAGAAGCGAUACAAGAACGUAAAUGGUAUGAAGUACCAUGCCAGGCACGGACAUAGGAAGGACCCCAGUCUGUUUUGCCGCGUAAAGAAAGCAUUCAAAUGUAAAUGUGGCAAAAGUUACCGAACUAGUCACAAACUGCGGGCACACAUGAUUGUCCAUCAUUCAACGUCGGACUUGCUUAAGCAGGGCACACCAGUGUCGCUGACAGGCACUGGAAUUGGCAGUGUAAUGUCCAUCCAAAAAGUGUCUGCGUCUGCCCCAGUGAUGACCAAUGCAGUGUUCUCCAUGGCGGCCCCUGGGAACCAGUCCUGCAUCACAACAGGAGCGUUUCCUGGGCAGAGCCUCAAUCUGGUCCCUGUAACCGUGACAACCACCAAGCAGGGGCAGAUCACUCUGACAAGCACUGGCGCCACCUUGCAGCUGAUUGGCUGCCCACAGGCGGAGAUGAUGACGACUGAAUCAAAGGCAGAGUAGUUUGUUUGCUCGUAGUUCUCUGGCUAAAAAUCUUUGAAAAGAUUAUGUGUGGCAGUAAAAUAAUAAAUAAGCUUUAAAGAAUGUUGCUCUUUCAUAAGUGAUCAAAAUUGGACCUUUGUGUACAAUACUAAUUUAAAAUUAACAUAAUGAGUAUUUUGACAAUUAUAAAUGUCCCAAAAUGAUUUAAUUGUAUGCCUAAAGUGAUGUUCAUGAUAUAUUUUGAUUUUAAGUAGAUAAACAUUGGAAACUUUCGAUUUUUCAAUAUCUCAACUGGAAACUUAUGGAAGUUAUGCUUGUCAUUUCAUGGAUUUAAAAGUUUUGAGCAAGUUGUGCUGAAACUUAUUGUGGCUUAUUUAAACAAUUCAGAUGAGUGAUUUUUGUCUUGCCUAAUUUCUUGGUUAUCUAUUGUAAAUCCUGUUGUUCCACUCAUUUGUAAUUUGAUGAAUAUGUGUGAAGUUUAGUGACAAUUACCGGUAGUCAUGCAUAAUAUGUUAUACAAUCUGCUUUUAUCAAAACUUCUUUUUUGGUCAAAGUGAAUUUUUGAUUGAUUUUUUUUGUACUUUCACAUCCAAUGUAAACUUAUCAAUUUCUUAAUUAUUUUAUUUCGACUGUUGUAUAUUAAAUUAUGAAUCUCACAAAAAAGUGAAAUAAUGAUUUUACACUAGGCCAACCUUAAAAAUAUGUUUGUUUGGCAUAACCCGACCCAAGUAAAUUUGGGUGGGUAGGUAGGUAGGGAUUUUAUUUUUUUUUAGUAAUUUUUUUUCUGACAUUGAACUCCGACAUAUACCAAACUGAAAGGUAAUUAUCAAAUAAAGCUCUUAGUCUUCUGCCUCAUGAAAGGAAAUUGGUAAAGAUUUUUCUGCACCGUCCGUAUCACCGUUCCUGUAUUUGUAAGUCUAUUUUUUUCUAUAAAGAACAUCAAAAAUAUAAUAUAAUCGACGAAAAAUAUUUUAUCUGAAAACGACAGUCCGAAAAAUUGUAUGCAUUUUGCACAUGAAAAUAAAUGUGCAUAUCGUUAUGAAAGAAAAUGAAAACAAGUAACCUAGCAAAUACGUAACUAAUAAACUAUUUGGUUGACAUAUUACUUUACAAUAGCAUAGUUUGUGAGUAAAAAACAACAAAGUAAUUAUAAUUUUUUAAUUUCAAUCAAGAACAGAAAGGUGUAACGCCUUUGACAUGUAACUAAUUCUUUAAUUAUCAUCCUUUAAUUCAGAUUGAUAGUCGGUAGAAAGUUGUAAAGUGAUCAUUAUUUAGUGUUACACUUCUUUUUAUUUGCUUAUUUUUAUACGACUUUUGCCAUCGACAAUAUCAACUGUGUAUUCCAUUAUCUGCACAUGAAUGACCCAAUAUUAUCCGAUAGCGAACUCAAUGUUGAUUGGCCAGCUACCAUAUGCGCUUCAAAAAGUUCAUGGAAACAAAGAGAAAAAUAGUUUUAAAAAUCUGGAUUAAAAUGGCGGAUGUUUUCAAUGAAAUUUAACGAGAUUUUAGCAUAUUCGCAAAUUAUAUUUUACUUGAGCCAAAUUCGCUAUAUUUUCGGAAAUGGCGAACGACAGCGCGAGCCCUGUAAUCGCAUGUGCAUAUGUCAAAUAAAUAGGCGAUUCAAAUUAAUACCGGUACGCGUUUUGUUCAUUGCUAUUCUAGAUAUAUCCUUGAAAGAGCAUUCAAUUAAAUGACGCAAAUAACGGGAAAGGAUAAAAAGCGGAAAGGAAAAAUUUAGCGAAAAAAUUUUUUAGGCGAGCAAAAAAAAAAUUGGGGGGGAAAGUAACACAAAAAAUUCAGUCGGGCCGAUUUUAGUGUGUCGGUCGGGUUAUGCCAAACAAAAGAAUUUUUAAGGAUGGCCCUUUUCUGCUAUAACUUACAUCACAUUUUAUUCAUAUUUUUGUUGUUCAGAGACCAAAACAAUUCAAUAUAAAUAAAUGAUUGUGUUCAUGUUUGUUAUCCAAAUUAUAUUCUGAAAUGAUUUGGUUGUGUUUCUCAAAGCAGUUUGAAAUUGAAUAGUACAAUUUCUACGUGCCAGAAGUGGACCUUACUUACAAAUAAUGAAUUUGUUUAACAUAUUUGGAUUGUGUGCAAUAUUCAAAUUUGCCAUAAUGCAUAAUUGUAUAUAAAGUGAACAAAAUAAUUAUUGUGUUAAUUUAUUUGUGGGAAUGUAUUCUUUAUAUUCAUGUCAAAAAUAUUUGUGGUGAAGAAUUUGUAUCGAGGUGGAACGAUGCUUACACUGAAUAUUAAUCUCAUUCAACAUUUUACCUGUCUUUCAUUUGGAUCAGUUUGAAUGAGCAGUUUCAUUUCACUGUACAUAUUUAUGUUUCAAUUAUUUAUAUAUUGUUCUUACUUUUGUUUAUUAUUGUACCUUGAUAGUCAUGUAAACAUGGCGUGAUGUUAACCUAGCGUGAUGUGAACGUAGCAUGGUGUAAACAUGGCGUAUGUGUAAACUGGUACUGUAUCAUUGUAAAAUUUGUCUUUCAAUCACUUAUAUUAUUUGUGCCAAAAAAAGUUAUAAAAUGUGUGAAAAUUAUCAAAAUAAUAAUUUUUGUGCACACUGCAAUAUAAUUGAUAUUUUGGGUUUUCAUAGUUGUGAUCUUGGUCGUCUGUGACAUGUUUUGCAGCCUUUUUGAGAAUCUAUUCUCAUCAGCAUCAUUGCAAACAAGGCCAAUAAGCUCGUCUGGUUUUACAAGGACAUAAUUAUGGUUAUCUCAGGAUGGUUAACCCUUUCCCACUUAGCUACGUAUUUUGACACAUUUGUAGUUUCAUUACAAAAAUAAUUUUCUUACUAGAUUUAAGUUACAAAGGGUGCAUUUAAGCCUUACAUACUGAUGAGCAGCAAACAGCAUACAACCUAAACAGACUGCUAGUAACUCGCAGGCUAUUCUGGUUUUAUGCUGUUUGCAUUUAGCCAUUUUCACUUUGCCUCUGAGUUGGAAAGGGUUAAAGACAAACAUUGAUUGUGAUUAUUGAAGACCCUAAAUAUUAAAUUGAAGCAUUGGGUAAUGAUGUUGAUUAGUGUUGUUUGUUUUUGUAAACUUUUUGUCCAUAAUGUGAUUUAUUUUCGAAUCUGUGUUGAUUAUUUUCUAGUUGUGAAGUGCUUAACUUGUGCAGUAUUUAUAUUUAUGGUAUACUUGUGUUUUAAACUUAUAUAUAGUUUGAUGCUAUUUCUAUUUCUUUGUUGUUUCUUUCGUAGAGCUUAGAAUAGUGUAGAAAGUACUUGCAUAUGAGCCUGCUUAUAAAAGAUCUUGUUGGUUAUUAUUUGUAUAUGAAAAAAUCAUAUAUUAUACAAGAAUAUUACUGUGUAGUAAGUCUUUAAGAAAUGUUUAUUUAUGUAAAACUUCAUGUAUAUUCCUAGAUAAUGUAAUUGAUGUGUAUGUAAUUAUUUUUAAUGUAUAAUGAAAUGACUGGUUUAUUUAGAUGCAAGAUAAAUAUAACAGCGUAUUAUUAUACAAAUUCCAUUACUUAUUUUUUAAAAGUGGUAUGAACAUCGAACUAAACAGAACAAAAUUGGUCCAUUGUUAACUUUACAUUCAAAUAUUCCCUAAUGUAUUAGAGUUUUUUUAACCAGGUUUUCCGAAGGAAAAAACUGGUUAUUAGAUUGGCGAAUGCGGGCGGUCUGGCUGGCUGGCGGGCUGGCGGGCGGGCGGAACAAGCUUGUCCGGGCCAUAACUAUGUCGUUCAUUGUCAGAUUUUAAAAUCAUUUGGCACAUUUGUUCACCAUCAUUGGACGGUGUGUCGCGCGAAAUAAUUACGUCGAUAUCUCCAAGGUCAAGGUCACACUUUGAGUUCAAAGGUCAAAAAUGGCCAUAAAUGAGCUUGUCCUGGCCAUAACUAUGUCAUUCAUUGUGAGAUUUUAAAAUCAUUUGGCACAUUUGUUCACCAUCAUGGGACGGUGUGUCGCACAAAAGAAUUACGUCAAUAUCUCCAAUGUCA